GACGCCUGCGUCACCGCGCGACCCCUGACCCCGCUCUGCGCGAUGACGUAGGUUUGAGCUGGUGUCUUGUGUACCAUGAGUGCGCCAUGUCAGAGCUACGUGCUGGGCUUGGAUUUAGGCACCAACUCGGUGAAGGCGGUGCUGGUGGAGUCAAAGAGUCGGAUCCUGGUCAACACACAGACUCGCGACACACUGGCCAGCGCCCCGAGCCAGGACGGGGAACAGGCUCGAGAGCAGGAUGUGAGCAGGAUUGUGAGUGCUCUACACCAGUGCCUGGCUGCUCUGCCCGGAAAUCGCCUGCACAAGGUGGUGCGAGUCGGAAUCUCGGGACAGAUGCACGGAGUUGUGCUGUGGGCAGCCAAGGCAGGCUGUAGCUGGCAGGCGAGUGCAGAUGGUCUGACAUUCCUCCCUGAGCAGGUCAGUCAGCUGGUCACGUGGCAAGAUGGUCGCUGCAACAGCGAGUUCCUGGCUUCCCUUGCGAGGCCAGAUUCCCACAUCCUUCCUUCCACCGGCUUCGGCUGCGCCACCCUCUUCUGGUACCUGAGAAACAGACCCGGCUUUCUGAAGCCUUACAGUGCAGCGGGGACUAUCCACGACUAUGUUGUGGCCAUGUUGUGUGGGCUUGAAAAGCCUCUGAUGUCUCCGCACAACGCAGCGAGUUGGGGGUAUUAUAAUACCAAAAGUGGGUCCUGGAAUUUGCAAAUUCUCGGCGAUGCUGGUUUCCCCACAUGGCUGCUGCCCACAGUGGUGGAGCCGGGCACCGUGGCUGGCCAAACAUGUAGCGAGUGGUGUGGGGUGCCCCAGGGUACGGAUGUUGGCGUGGCCUUCGGGGAUUUCCAGGCCGCUGUGUACUCUUGCAUGAAGGAGAAGACUGAUGCAGUUCUGAACAUCAGCACCUCGGCACAGUUGACUUUUGCCCCGGCCCCAGGAUUUGAGCCACCGGCCCAGCCUAACCCAGGAGCAGCCGUUGCCUAUGUGCCGUACUUUGACGGGACCCACUUGGCUGUAGCAGCGGCUCUCAACGGCGGGAACGUGUUGUCCACCUUCGUCAGGACGGUGACACAGUGGAUGCAGGAGCUGGGCCUGGAUGCCCCGGCGGAACCCAUCAUCUACUCCCACUUGAUAGACGCAGCCCGUGACCUGCCUCACACUGAUCUCACCAUUCAGCCAACCUUGUUAGGAGAGAGGCAUUUGCCUGGUCAGCUGGCAUCCGUGCUUAACAUCUCUCCAACCAACCUGUCCUUGGCCCACCUAACCAGAGCCCUGUGCCGUGGGGUUGUGGAGAACAUCCAUUCCAUGUUGCCAUGCAGGCAGCUGGUGGAGGCGGGGGUGCGGAGGAUUCUGGGCAGCGGCAGCGCCCUGCUGAGGAACGAGGUGCUGAGACAGGAGGUGGAGAAAGCCUUCCCUCUGCCCAUCCAGUACGAGCAGGAGACAGAUUCCGCGUUCGGGGCUGCUCUGGCCAUGAUGGGUAAGCAGUAGCCAAAGGCUCAGACCAUCGAGACAAUAUCUAAUGACAAUGGUACCAUAUUGCUGAUGGCAGUGAUUGCUGAUGGAUAAAGAGGGUGUGGAGACACAGCACCUUUGGGGACGUCCUCCUGACGUGAAAGGUUCUAGAUCAAUGUUGGGGGGGCGGGGGUUGUGUUUUACUUCAUCAAUGCUGGAGCCUUUUUGAAGGAUGGAAUAGAUACACCAGGAGGGAACGGGCAAGCGAGGGUUGGGUAGGAGGGGGGCGAGAAAAACAGAGAAAACCAAAAAGAAACACAACAUUUUUCCACCGGAGAAUUCCUCACCGGGUCACUGAGUAAAGAGAGACAGCGACACAGGAGCAUUGCACCAACUGCAGGAGAGCAUUGCUCAGUGUCCUGCAGGAUUGAUUCCCACUGGUCCUGUCUGUCUUUUGCACCAGCGUUGGUCAGAUAUCAUCAGAACUCAAGUGUGUUGUCGGCUUUGUGAUGGAGCCAGGCAGUCAGCCUGGAAGAGCAGAAGCAGGCAGUUGACAACCGAUCUCAUACUCUUACAACAUUUCUUUGCUGAAGUUUCCAAUUUUAAAAUGUUAAUUCUCAUUAAUUGUUAAAUUUUACGAUUUUCAAUUCGUUGCCAAUAAAAUGGCUG